AUGGAACAAAUGGAACAAAUGUUUCAAAUGUUCCCGAAACUCAAUAAACCAAACCCCACAGAAAACCUAUCCACAAUCCAAUUCUCUGAAAAAUUAAACUACAACAAUUAUACAAAAUGGAGCAGAUUAAUGCAAAUUGCUAUCAACAGUCGAGGCAAAUUGAACCAUAUAACCAAUGAACCCUCCAAAAUCACUGACCCAAACUACCCACAAUGUGCCCCACAUGAUUCCAUUGUUAUCUCCUGGAUUAUCGAGAACAUUGAUGCAGAGAUCGUCAAUCAAUUCAUUGAUUACAAUACUGCUCGAGAUUUGUGGCAAGAGAUUGAAAAUCUUUUAAACAGUGGGCAUGAUGAACUUCAAAUCUAUGAUUUGAGUUCAAUAGCCGCCACCUUAAGGCAAGAAAUCAAUACCAUUGAAACGUACUUUGAAAAACUCAGUAUGUUAUGGAAGGAAAUUGAUGGACGUAUGCCCAACUUCAUGACUUGCCCUCAAGAUAUCACUGCUUUUAACAACUUUAUACAAAGACAAAGGCUAUAUCAAUUUCUUACCGGAAUAAACGAGGACCUUGAUAAAGAAAGAAGAGACUUACUCCACAUGGAUCCUCUCCCAACUGUAGAAGUAGCAUAUGCCACCAUUAGACGGGAAAUCUCACGCCGGAAAAUUAUGACCGGCGUGUCAUCACCGGGAAUAGAUCCCUCAGAGUUUGGCUCAGGUCUAGCAGUGAAAAACAAAAAUUUCCCUCGCAACCGUGAAACCGACGACUGGCAAAAACUCCGAUGUAGUCACUGUGGAGGGUCACGACAUACUAAGGAAGGUUGUUUCAAGCUAGUGGGAUACCCCGAUUGGUGGGAUGACCUACAAAAGAGGAAGGCCGCCAUCAAGGCACCGGCACACCGGACCGGCGGCAAGGCCAACCUUGCAAAUACAGAUCACCCCGGUGAGACCACAUCAUCAUAUUCAGGUAUGGAUUUUAAAAGGAGGGAGGAGGCAGCCAUGACUGAACAGAGAACAAGCAAAAGGAAGGAGGAGAGAGAAACGGCAGUGAAUCACACAGAAAAGGGAAAAGGAAGAGAAAGGGUCCCUUAUAACCCUACUGACCCUCCCUUAAAUACUAAGACAUGCCCCCUUUCCCAUAUAUUACCCGGCCCAGACCAAGAGACAAACCCUAAUCUUACCCAUAUAUUACCCGGCUCAAUUCAAGACCUAAUCCAUAAAUUUAGUCUCAUGAGUCACAAAUAUUCCAAAUGGAUUUUUGACUGUGGUGCUACGGACACUAUGACAUUCGACCCACAUGAUUUAUCUUCCGUUCAUUCCACUCCUCGUACCCAUGUUCAAACUGCAAAUGGUACAACUAUUUCAGUUCAUCAAGCUGGGCCGGCUGAUAUUUCCUCGUCUCUUAGAUACUCGAACGGGGACGAUUCUUGGGCAUGUUGUAAUUUGUCUUUAGACUGUGAGACUUGUGUUCUAGGUAAAAGUCAUAAACAUUCAUACUCUCCUGGCUUUACUAGAACUGAUAGACCUUUUGAAUUAGUUCAUUCUGAUGUAUGGGGUCCUGCCCCUGAAAGUAAUUCUCAAGGAUAUUCAUACUUUGUUUUGUUUCUGGAUGACUGUACUCGUGUGAGCUGGAUUUAUUUUCUUAAAAAAAAAUCUGAAGUCUUUGAUGUGUUUGUUAACUUUUACAACAUGAUACUUACCCAAUUUCAUACUCGCCUAAAAAUUAUUCGCUCAGAUAAUGGUGGGGAAUAUGAUUCUCAUAAAAUGAAAAAUUUUACCCUUGAACAUGGCAUGCUUCACUAA